AUUUUGUCUAUGUUUUAAAACUUAAAUUUUUGUUUCUUAUUAUAUGAAACUUUGCUUUAUUCAGUAUAUCUUUGAUUAGUAUAUCUUGCGUUAGUUAAAUUCAGAAUUUAGUAAAACGACAUUCUCUCCCUUGUUUUAACUAUCUGCAGAAGUCAUCAGCUGAUUGGCUGAGAGCUUGUUGUUUUUCAAACGGUGUGGCGGUGGACUCUAAAAUUACAGACAAUAAACCAGAAUUUUGAGAUUUUUUUUGGGAAAACAUGCAACGGGUAGAACUUGACAUUUAACGAAUCAUUGACAAGGCUUUGAUCUUGUUCAACAUUCGCAUGAAUCGACAAAAAACAACGCUUUCUAAUCUGUUUUAUAAAUGAAAAGCAUGCUUUCGAUUUUGAUCUGCACGCUGUAAACAAAAAGAUGCUGUCAAAAAUGCUAGUUCUGUAGCCAACUGAAACAAUAGAAUCGCACUCACAGCGGUACUGAAAGUGUUGUUUGAUGAUUGGUGUGAAAAUAAAGGUAUAAUAUUGACUGUCAUAUUGUGUUAAUCAGUUAAUUAUACAAGCAUGGAGCAGCAGCAUCCUUUGUCUACCUUGGCACUAAGGACACUAGCAACAAGCAACACUAUACAGAACUUGUCAUCUACUAACAAGCUUGGCCGUGUCAGCUCUCCCAUGACAAACCUAACAUUGAAUUUAAGUGAGCUUAGCACAGGAAGAAAUACUCCAAGAAGGAAGCUGUCAUUAUCAUGCCUGGACACACCAAAUUCACCACCUUACAACCGAACCACAGAGAGAUCCAUUUCUUCUGAAUCAGGAUGUUUCAUGGACUCUCCUUCACCGGUCAGCUCUCCAAUGUUUGACAUCAUGUGUGAGAACAGAUUUUCUACAGACAAGUCCGGAGUGCCAACAGAGACCAUUAGCAGGAGGAAGUCAAUUGCGUUUAGAAGAAUCAACAGUAUGCCAGUGCCGAUGAUGAAGUUUAGUCCAGAGAACAUCGAGAACAAUCCACUGAUUGCCAACCAGUCAACACCACAGAGUAUCGACAUAGAAUCCGCUACCAGUACUUGCUGUGGACUUCUCAACAUGAGCACCGACUCACCAACAGAUGUCAGCUCUGAUCUUCAGACUUCAUCGGAAAACAUGAGCGUGGGAAGUGACGGUUCAGGUACAUCGAGGAACGGAAGGAAAGCCACGUUCUAUAUUGAUGAAUGUUCACAGGACAGUGGUCUCGAAGCUGAUAGGACAGAUAGCAGAGAUUCCAAAGAUUCUGAGGAUGGAUUUCACUUUGCUGCUCCAAAAGGUUUCCCAAUCCGAAAACACUCAAAGAUGAUUAGUGAAGACACAUGCUCCCCCUUUAAGUACUCCCCUGUGAAGAAUUGUUCUCCCUCAAAACGCAGGAACUCAUGUCCAGUUGGUGUCUUGGAUUUCUCUGGCGAAUUUGUGAAGAAGACCUCAUCAGAUGAAGGUGACAGCCCAUUGAAGGUGUGUAGGUUGACAAGCGUGGAUGAGGGUAUCGGUGGUGAUGGGUUCCUCCAGAUAAUGGAGCCAGAUGCUGAGGUUGCCGCACUAACACACGGAAGCACCAGUUCAGCUAUGAUGAGUUUGUUUAAUGCACCAGUUAUCAACAAAUCCCACGCCAGCAUUGAAGAUGAUGAUACCCCUGUGAGUCGACGUGUUAUAUGCAGAAGAAAUAUUAGCCGCUCAAUGUCAAUGGUGGUACGUCCACAUGGUAACUCUUACAAACGAGACCAACCAGAUGAUGCUUGUGACUCUCCCAUGCAGUUCUCAUUCAAACGUGAUCAACCCCAAGACGAGAGCACACCCAUACAAAAACAGAAGAGACCUCGACCAUCAUCAAUGAUUGCCUCCCCUGUAUCACCUGCCCCAGUCAGACCUACAUUACACAGAUGUCACUCCGAGUCAGAGGCAAUGAUUAAAUCAGCACUGAACAGACAAGCUGAUGAGCCAGAUCUUGUAGGGGAUUGCUCCAAGACUCACUGUCUGCCAACAUACGGUGGUAAACAUCAGGACCUGAAAUAUAUCUCAAGCAGUACAUUGUCAAAGGUUAUCAGAGGUGAUUUUGCCGACGAUAUUGAAAAGGCUGUUAUUGUGGAUUGUAGAUAUCCAUACGAGUACCAGGGUGGUCAUAUAGAGGGAGCUUUGAAUCUCUACACCCACGAGCGUAUAAUCAAUGAAUUCAUGAAGAACCCAAUGCAACCACAAGAUCCCAGUAAAAGAAUAGUCCUUGUAUUCCACUGUGAGUUUUCCUCUGAGCGAGGCCCAAAAAUGUCGAGAUUUCUGCGCAAGAGUGACCGACAGGCGAACAAAGACUGCUAUCCACAUCUGUUCUAUCCUGAAAUUUAUUUGCUUGAUGGUGGCUACAAAGUUUACUUUGAAACUGAAAAGAUGUAUUGUCAGCCACAGACGUACAAACCUAUGUUACACAAGGACCACAGUGAAGAUCUCCGACAUUUCAGAACAAAGUCCAAGUCGUGGGCUGGUGAAGGCAGAAGUCGCCCUGGAUUUCGCCCACUGAAGUUUUAAUGCAAACUGAAGCCUAGUCUCCCAUUAAUUAUCAUAAACUUUUCACUGAGUCAUCUGCAUAUAGACCAGAUGUCAAAAGGCAGCUAUGGUUUGAUUCCAUCCAAUAAAACUUGGAAUUACAACAAAAUAGAAAAAAAAUAUAUAUAAAAAAAAACUAUAAAAGAGACUUGCAUCAAAUGCAUGGAAAAUAUUAUGAAAGGGACCAAGGUCUUGUUCUGAAAUGCAAACUCUGUUUUUGUUUUACCAUUUUUUUACUUUUGUUACGUUUUUAGAGAUAAACGUUGUUGCCAUGGUGAUGUUACUGUUGUUAGCAUGGUAACUGUUAAGUGCUCAUCCAGCUCUGUACAUUACUGUAUAUAUAUUCAAGGCAGGUCUGUGUAAAUACACCAUCACAACACCACCUGUAAAUUACCCCACCCGCUACUGUAUAGUUGUACAGAGAUAUUACACCAGAGAUAUAUUAGAAAUAUUUAUAUUAGUAUGAAGAAAAAAAAAGGAUAGCAUAUAUGAAAUUCAAGAAUAUGACAUGUGUGAAAUGAACUCUUUUUAAUGAAAACAGGGAAUGUGAGGUGUUGAGGAGAUUCGAUUUUUUGUGUGUAUGUGUUCAAAAUGAAUUUCGAUAGAAAGAUUUCUGUAGCUUUUCCUAUAUCUGUCUGUCUGUCUGUCAUCUCUUCAUCUGUCUUCUAUCUGUUUUUCUUGUCUAUGUGCUUUGCCGUGUGAGUGUUUUUAGUGUAUGUAACAUAUACAUCUUGUUCCAUGAUGUCCCCAGGAUUUUCAUUGACCAAGAUAAAUUAUGUAUGCUGAAAGGAAAAUUUAAAUAAAAAGUUUCAUUUAUCAGAAAGGUAAAUUAAAUACUAUCUGAAGUAAAUAUUGAUGAAAACAGAAGAAAAAAACAUUUAACUUGCAAUUUUGAUCAAUUUCUUUUAAGGCCUUGACAGGCAUUUUAAGUAUAUGAUACAAUAAUUGUAAGAGUGCUAUAGCUUAUUUAUUUCUUGUUGUUGUGUGUAUAUAUUGUAGCAUAGUCCAACUAAAUUAUGUAAAUCAACAAAAGUCUUUUAAAUGCGAUCGUGAAAAUCCAAAAAUAAAAUGUGCUAUACUGUCUCUUAUCAGGAAUAUAAUUAUCUAAUGUCGUAGAAAAUUAAUAAAAAUUCAAAAAAAUUGUUAAGGAAUCAGCAAUGGUGAUCUUUUUACAGUAAUAAGGUGGGUUGUUUUCAAAUGAGAUGUAUAAGAAAUUGAUGUUUACUUGGGAAAAUGUGCAUGAAAGAUAUCUUUCAAAGCAGUUUUAUUUUUAAAUGAAUGCUGGUGGUGCAAGAAAAGAGAAAUAGAUAUUCUAUGGAAAGUUUGAAAAGAUUUUUAAAAUUUAUGUGAAUUUUAUGUUUUUAAAGAGAUUGUGUUUUAAAUUUCUUCUACUGGUUUCAAAUUUCUUUCAUUUCCAAAUUUUGUUUUCUUUUCUUAGCGUAUGACAGAGAAUUGCAUAUUUUCUGUACAUUCAUUUAAACAGAUUUUUAACAAUUUUAAAGUAAUUGAUAGGGAAAAUUUUGAAACAUAUUGACAAAUAUUCUUGAUAAAAGAGAGAGAGAAAUAAAGAAAUAAUCUUUAUUUAAAAGUAUUUGAAGGCUGGUUGAUUUUACUAAUUUUAGUUACUUGUAACAUUUGUGUUUUUGUAAGUAGUAUGUUUGUAUAUUGUCUUUUCUAUUUAUUCCUGAUAUUUAUUUAUUUGUGUUAACUGUUGUUAGCUUCUCAGCAACAAGUUUCCUCUUUUGUUAUCUCCCUUUGACCAAUCAUUUUGAACAGUUACAAUUUGGUUCAGCUGUUUUACAUGUAUGGUAUUUUUCUUUGUAGUAAUUUUUUUUAUUAUUUUUUUAAAAAAAUGAGUCAAAAUUUAAACAGAAUAACCAACAUCUCAACAAAAGUGAACAAAAUAUAAAACUAAAAAGUAUUUUUGAAUCAUGUCUCAAUUUUUUUUCUCUUCAUCGUUUUUUUUUUUAUUAAUAUUAAAUUAUGUUAGUUUGUUUUAUUUCUAUUUGUUUUGGAUUUUUAUUUUUGUAAGAAAAAUAUUAAAAAUUGAUACUAUAAGCAAGAACAAAAACAAGUGAAAUGUUAACCUAAUGGCAGAACAUGAUACUGAAAACCACAAGUUUACAACAUUUGAAAAUAAAAUCUCAAUGCUUAAUCCUCCAAAUACGAUUCAUAUACACUCUGUAACAGCAUUUUUGAACAGACUUAACAAAUAUUUAGAAGAGGUUUUGUUUUCAGUACAAUGUUUUAUAGUUAGGAUUGAUUGUAAUUAAUAUAUACAUGUUUGGUAAGAACAAAGGGGAGAGAACUAUGUUAUAGCUUAACUACAUAAAUAUAUAACAAUAAACAUUUUAUUACAUGA